AUGUAUUUCUUCAUGCUCUUCCUCAUUAUUAUUUUCGGGUCGCUCUGCCAUUUCUUCGACGUGCUCCUUCCUAGUAUUGCGUUCUUCCUUAUGAUAAUGCUUCUCCUCGGCCCAACAUUCGAUUAUUUGAUUCCGGCGAUGUUCGAAAAUCAUGUGCAUCUGGCGAUGUGCGCAAUCGUUUUCUCAUUGGCCACCUAUAUUCUCAUCGUCUUGUACCACACUGUGAAACGAGAAUUCCACCAACGCCGCAAUCAGCACUCAUCCGAUGACGAGCAAUUCGAUGGCGAUCCAUUAUAUUAA